CACUGACAUACUUGUUUUGACUAAACAAAGAUAAGCAGCGCCCUCGCUCUGCCGCUAACACAGCCAUGCUUUACUGUCUCCUUGUUCUUCUGUCUUUGGGGCAAACAACCUUCUUAGCUGCGUCUUUAAAAUCAGAUGCCGUCGGACAUACAACUGAGACAAACUUUGAACAGUUGGAAAAGCUGCGGAGCAGAUCCAGCUAUGUUGCAAGAAGCUGCAAAGACAUCAGGGACAGAUACAAUGAACAUGAAGAUGGCUUGUACUAUCUAACCACUGCUGAUGGAAUGGUUUAUCAGACUUUCUGUGACAUGACCACUGCCGGAGGCGGCUGGACGCUGGUGGCGAGCGUCCAUGAAAACAGUGCGUCCGGAAGGUGCACAGUAGGUGACCGCUGGUCUAGCCAACAGGGCAAUGAUGAAAACCUUCCAGAUGGAGACGGGAACUGGUCUAAUAGAAACACCUUUGGAACAGCAUUAGGAGCCACUUCUGAUGAUUUUAAGAACCCAGGUUACUACGAUAUUGCGGCAGCAGAUAUGUCCGUGUGGCAUGUUCCCAACAACUUCCCAAUGGAGCACUGGAAGCUGGGGGCCUUUCUCCGCUACCACACCGACAACCACUUUCUCCAUCUGUACGGAGGCAACCUCUUGCAGCUCUUUAAGCAAUAUCCAGUGAAAUACAAUGUGGGCUCCUGCAGUGACAGAGGUCCAGCUAUUUCCAUUGUGUACGACUCCGGAGACCGAGAGUCCACCAGGAAUUUAUAUGGGCCCAACUCAAGAAGGGAGUUUGAACCAGGUUUUAUCACUUUCAGAGCAAUAAAUUAUGAACGGUCAGCCAUGGCCAUUUGCUCUGGGGUCAAGACGACAGGAUGCAACACCGAACACUACUGUGUAGGAGGGGGUGGGUACUUUCACCCCGAUCAAUGUGGGGACUUCCCAUCAUUUGAAUGGGACAAACUGGGACGAGACCAAGGCUGGAGUGCUUCCAAAGAGAUUACUGAAGCUGCUGUUUUUUUGUUCUACCGCUGAUGGCUAACUAUUACUAAUUAUUCUAUGAAUGAGAUAACUUAAAUCUUGGCUUAUAUGAAUCUAUUGUGACUAAGCUGUACAGUGCUGCAUAUUUAAUAAUUAUGACCCAGAAGAACUCCCAGAUUUGGAAGGCUAUUCUUACGAACAGUUAUUGUUUGAGGUUUAAACCUAUCCAUGUGUUAGACCAGCUUGUAACUUUUUGAACUCGCUUUGAGUUAAAAUAAAUUGUUUGAUAUGCACGCACAAUUUUACGCCUGGAAUUAUUUGUCUUAUUUUACCUGUAAAGGUGUCAUAUAGUCUGCUUUAUGUGAUUGUCUCCCUUAUUUCAGGAGCACUUUAAACGUCAGACCACAUCAAAUGGAAUUUUACAGGUUUUUUUUACUGAAUAAGACACCCGGAAUGUGCAUGAAUAAAUGACGUGUGAUAUACAGUACGAACUAUGUACUAUAAAAAAAAUGUACUAUUAAAGAUUAUGUCAACGUC